GACUGCCCACCAGAAGCAGGUGAUUUUCGUGCCCAGCAGUGCUCUGCUCACAAUGAUGUCAAGUACCAAGGACAGUUUUAUGAGUGGCUGCCCAUCUCUAAUGACCCCGACAACCCAUGCUCGCUGAAGUGCCAGGCCAGAGGAGUGGCUCUGGUUGUCGAGUUGGCGCCAAAGGUUCUGGAUGGGACUCGGUGCUACACUGAAUCCCUGGACAUGUGCAUCAGUGGCUUGUGCCAAAUCGUUGGCUGUGAUCGCCAGCUAGGAAGCGCUGUCAAGGAAGAUAACUGUGGGGUCUGCAAUGGCGAUGGGUCCACCUGCCGGCUGGUUCGAGGCCACUAUAAGUCCCAGCUCUCAGCAAAUAAACGUAAGCUGUUCCUUCUGGAAACAGGAGACCUGGCUACCCAGGAUAUGGAGAAGGCUGAGGUACUCAAUGACUUUUUUACCUCUAUCUUCACUGGCAUGUGCUCAAGCCACAUUAUCCAAGGUGCAGAAGGCAAAGGCAGGGACUGGGAGAAUGAACUACCCACUGUAGAAGAUCAAAUUCAAGACAAUCUAAGGAACCUGAAGGUGCACGAGUCCAUGAAACCUAAUGAGAUGCGUUUGAGUCCUGAGGGAACUGGUGGAUAA